GAUCUGCUGCUCCUGAAUGCCUGUUUAAUGAGUGUUUAUAGUUUGAGGCUCAUCAAUAUUCAGAUCUAUUCCCACAUUAAGUUAAUUGUAUGUGUGCCAACUGACUUGAGCAAAUUACACAAUCAAAUAUUAUAUAACUACAAGAUACAUCAACAUAAUAUGAUUUAAGCAGAUUUCUCUUGUUUCUUCUCCUGAAGCUCUGCUGCCAUCAGUGAAAGACAAAGACGGAGUUUAUUGAAGGACAGUGAGAAGAUGAGUGAUCCAGAACCCUGCAGAAUUAAACAGGAAGAGACUGAAGAACUAAUAGAUGUGAUUGUGAAGGAGGAGAGUGAAGAACUGAGUGAAGAUGAGGAGAAACAUCAUGUCAAAACUGAAAUCGAAGCUCAGACAAAGACUGAAGAUCGUUUUUCAAUGAUAAGAACAGCCGUAAAUGGUUUCAUCUGCACUCGGUGUGGAAAGAGUUUCAUGCACCAAUGUAGACUCAAGCGUCAUAUGCUGAUCCACAAUGGAGAAAAACUGUUCACAUGUACUCAGUGUGGGAAGAGUUUCAAACAAUCACCAAACCUUUAUCGACACAUGCUGAUCCACACUGGAGAGAAAACACACAAGUGUGAUCAGUGCGGCAAAACUUUUUUAUGGCCUUCUGAACUGAAGAAACAUCUCGAAGUUCAUUCAGUUGUGAAGCCGUAUUCAUGCUCUGAGUGUGGGAAGAGUUUUAGACAGCCGUCAAAUUUAAAAAAACAUCAGAAGAUCCACACUGGUGUGAGAGAGUUUGUGUGCUCUGACUGUGGGAAGAGUUUUAUUAGAGCUGGAGGCUUGAAGCGACACCGGAUGACUCACACUGGAGAGAAACCUUUCGUGUGUUCACACUGCAAUAAAACAUUCGCUCAUUCAGAACAUCUGAAAGCACACGAGAGGAUCCACACUGGAGAGAAACCGUUCACAUGUAUUCAGUGUGGGAAGAGUUUCAAUACAUUUGGAGGCUUGAAACAGCACCAGAAGAUUCACACUGGAGAGAGGCCUUACGUGUGUUCACACUGCAACAACACAUUUAUUCAUUUAGCACACCUGAAAGCACAUGAGCGGAUCCACACUGGAGAGAGACCGUACGCGUGUGCUCAGUGUGGGAAGAGUUUCAGAGUUUCAUCAUCCCUUAGUGAACACAUGCUGAUCCACACUGGAGAGAAAACGCACAAAUGUGAUCACUGCGGCAGAACAUUUUUGAGGUCUUCACAGCUGAAGAAACAUCUUAGAGUUCAUACAAAGGAGAAGCUCUAGGUAUGUUCUUUAGGAAAUAGUUUUACACUAGGGAUGCACCGACACCAUAUUCUUUGGAAACGAUCCAAUCUCGAUACCAAAAUUCUGAGUAUCAAUCAAUACAGAUUUUUUUGUUGCUCCCCCCCCCACUCCAAGCAUAAUACAGUUUGGCAUACUAUAGCUCUGGUGCUAAACUCAAAUAAUAUUUCUUCUUAAGUAAAAAAUAACAGACCUAUAGGCCUAUACACGACAGAGGGCACAAUCAAGCUAAAAACAUGAUGCUUGCUGUAAACUAGGCUACGUUAUUUAAGCAUUCUCUAUGACAUUGAUCUGUUGUGGUCCAGCUUAUGUUUCCUUUUUUAAUAUUAAGAUUUUUUAUUGAAAUCUGUAAUAGGCUACUAUUAUUGACAAUAAGUGUAGUUUCAUAAACUAAUUUUGAGAGGAGCACGUGAUAUGAUUGAGCACGUCUUGUCACUCAUCUGUAAUCAGUAAUAAUCCAAUCAGAGUGAUCCUAGUUUACUAUAAAUGGAUCAUUUUCUCCCUACUGUUUCUAUCUUCAUUUGGAAGAAUCCCCCCUUCCACCCCAUCUCCUCCUUUUCCUCCCUUUUCUAAAGGGGGAGCUCUCGAGACCUACCUGAUCUCGGAUCUCCUGAUAUGCUUAUCGACCGGGCGAGAGACCUAGGCUCAAAUAUCUCCGAGCUCAGGGUUCUCUCCCGGGACAGCAUGCCAAACCUGCUUUAUACGCCAAGCAUAUCUAAGUGGGAACUCUUGAAUUGUUGGUAAAAUAAUCAGCCUUUUAGCAAAGCCUGACAGUUUCCUGGAGGUUUGACGCAGAGUAAACUAAACCGUCUGAGGCCAGUUUUACUUCGCCAAUAAUCCCUCGCCAAAUCUCGCUGUGAGUGAGACUGAGAAAGUCCUAAACAAGGUCUGCUUAUAUGCUUCAACUGACAAAAACUGACAAAAAAGGUCUGUCAAAUAAAACCUUAAUAUAAAUACAUUUGCAGUGAAAUAUUCACAGUUUUAGCAUAGCCUAUAAUAGGCUAAAUAACUUUCUGUAAUGACAAUCCAUAUUGCGCCUUCAGUUUCACUUUUAUUAAUUUAAUCAACUACUUUGACCACAAUGAGCCAGGCUUUACAAACACUCUGAAGAAUAAACUUGAGAGAAGUGAGAAUAAUCUUAUGGAUCGGCACACGUCGCAUGUGCGCAGCCGGCGCGUGAAUGAAGUGCUUGAUGCAUCACUGAGGCACAACACGCAGCCCUCCGGUAUCUGCGGACACUUCUAAAACAGCAGCACAAAGGGAAGAAAUCAGUGUGUUGAGGAUCUGUCCAAUGUAUUAUUGAGCCUUUUCUAAAUAAACAUUUGAGGUAGGGCUA